AUGCUCAGAUACCUACGAAGUCCUAACGGCAUUCGUCGAUUAUCGUCUUCUAGAAUGUAUCUCCUGAAUAAGAAAACCAACAUUCCCUUCGCUCGUACGUUGGAUCCUGUUGAGUCAUCUGUCCAUACCAUGGAGAAGAUCUUAACCAUUUUGCACGAUGCCGAGUCAGCAUCACAUGAGGAGCAGGUCACGGUAGCAGAAGCUACUAGAACAUCUGUUGAUUCGGAAAACUUUUCCCAGAAAUUCUUCCGCAGCUUGGGAACUGAUGUGUUUGAAUAUAAAGUUAUCCAAGUGCUCAAUUCACUCGAGAUCGUGAACCAGUACGAUGUAUUCCAGCUGGUUUCGCCAGAAACAACUAAAAACAUUUACGGCCAAUAUUUGUCCAUAUUCAAGGACCGGUACCUUCGCAAAUUGGACCCUGACGUUAACGCCUUGGAGACUCUCGGUCGUCAGUUUGGAGAGUUGCCUCUGCCUACACUAGCAUCGCUCACUUCAAAGUUAAAGAACCUCAGUUCGUCGCUAUUAGUCGAUGGUUUACACCUACCGAAUAGGGAACAUUUCAAGUUUGACUUUCCUGAUGUUCUCUUCUAUCAGCCAUUCAAGCAAAUCACCACUGACCCUCUUGUUCUACGAAAAGGCUUAAGUAUGGGCCAUUACCCACUUAAUCUUCUAGCUACCAUGGUGAAUGAUCCGAAUGUUCUAGAAACCUUCUUAAAGCGCUCUCGAAGCACUGUUCCUGUGUUGAAAUUACAAAACUUCAUGGUAGCCCAAUCCUUGGAAGGUUCGCAAGCAUUCAAGAUUGUUGUCAAGCGAUACUUGCGUAAUUCAGACCCAGAGAAAACCAUCCACAGCCCAUUUGAAGGAUACCAUGCUGCUAAUAGUACGGUCGAAGAUGGAAGUGAUAUCGAGAUCGUCAAGGCAAUUGUAGCUAGUAGAAGUCGUUUGAUGGAUAGACUACUUCCUUAUAGGGAUUACAAAUUUGCCUUGCUGAGCAUGGAUGAAUCAGAACAGGAUACGAACGAGAAGGUGGUGAAGAUCUUGGCCAAUAUUUUCGACCGAUUCUUUGGUGUUUGCUACCGCUUGGAUGCCAAGUACUGCAAUGAUUGGGCGGAGGAUCUUAUUGAAUUCUAUUUACAAAAUGCAGAGAAUGAGAAGUUGUUUGAGCAACUUUUCAAAGACAGCAUUUUCAGUUUCCGCCAGGCGUAUGCUGGGCUGAAGUUUGAUAACUUCAAAUUUAAAUGGGACAAGCAGAACGCAAAGUCCAAGACAAUUUCGAAACCUCGGCCAAAGAAGAAGAAGAAGACGAACGAUGCGACAGCGGCACCUCCUUCCAUGAUCAAGGAUGUCAGAGCUUUAUUGGCGGAUUCCACAUCAUUCCAUGAGAAGUCUUCGGUGUAA